UUUGGAAGAAUAUCAAAAGCUAAAGGUUUUAUCGCCACACUCCUUACAGAUUUCUAUCGUCUCCUUACAGAUCUUUUGUAAUCUUGAUUCGGUUUCUCGAUCGGAUCGUAGGUUUCUGUGAUGCAAAAGCUGCCAUUUUCGAAUUCGGGUAAUCGGGUUUUCUCUUGUUUGGCCGCCAUUGAUGGAAAACAUCAACUUUGAAUUCUCUCAUGCUUCGUCCGAAGGCAGGAUUCAACCGCAAACGCAGCCGCAACCGCUGUUGCAAACGCAGUUUGGUGUGCAAGACAUGAACGUGAGCCAGAGCCAUUACAGCCAACAACCAUCGGGGAAUUGGUCGGAACCCUUCUCGGGUUUUCCUCCGUACGAUUGCACAACCGCCGCCAACCCGUCGUUCUCCGUGCAGUGUUCAUCGUCAAAACCCUACGUUUCAUCAUUUCAUGCGUAUCAUCAUCAUCAGCCGCCAUGCUCAGAAGCUCAAGGCUUUUCAUUGGACCAAUCCGAAUCAAGUAACACUCUUCAAUCCCUCGUGAAAUCAUCGUCAUCACACCCGCCUUCGAGUCAGUUCUUCAAGCCAAAUGCUUCGCCCGGCUCGUAUUCAGUCUCUUUCGAAGCAAAUCAAGACCACCCACAAGAACUUUGCAAGAACUAUAUCAACAGUUCUAACGUAACACAACUGAAUUUCUCGUCACAAAACAACCAAUAUAACCAAUCUAAUCCGAGAUUUCAUCGUCCUAAUCCGUCGCCGUCGUCUAGAGAAGUUGUCGGGAGCAAGACGCGGAUAAGAUGGACCCAAGAUCUUCACGAGAAGUUCGUGGAGUGCGUCAACCGACUCGGCGGCGCUGAAAAGGCAACUCCAAAGGCAAUAUUGAAGUUGAUGGAUUCUGAAGGACUUACGAUUUUCCAUGUGAAAAGCCACUUGCAGAAAUAUCGGAUUGCAAAGUACAUACCAGAUUCUCAAGAAGAAAGCUGGAUUUAUAUAUUUGCAGGAAAGUAUGAGAAAAAAGCUUGUGAGAAAGAGAUGCAUACCGGCGUGCAAAUUAAGGAGGCGUUGCAGCUACAACUAGAUGUUCAAAGGCAUCUUCAUGAACAACUAGAGAUUCAACGGAGUUUGCAGCUGAGGAUUGAGGAGCAAGGGAAGCAGUUGAAAAUGAUGUUGGAACAACAACAGAAAACAAAGGAGAGCCUUUUCAAGGCCCAAAAAAACAGAUCAUCGCUUCCCGAUUCCGAUGAUUCCCGGCCUUUCUCCGAGGAAUUAGAGGCUGAAAUCUCGACGCCCGAAAGUUUUGGAAACACUCAGCUUCGAUCCAAAGAUAAGUUGAGGAAUCAAGAAAAUGCAUAGAAAGGGGAAAAAAGAAGAAGAUGGAACAUAAGUGGAUGUUCCAACAAGAGAAGUUUCAAAGUGGUUCAAACACUAACACUUGAGAGAUGCUCUCAAGUGAUUGACUAAUAUAUAUAUAUAGAUGUGUGAAUUAUUUUAGUUAAAGAUGUUACAAAAAAAAAAAAGGAGAGAUCGACCUUUCUAAUGGUUAGUGAUAUUUUGACAUGGUGCA